GCACUUUAGGCAGUGAUCUCAUUAGGAGUAAUAUUUGCCUUCGUGAUAUAUAUUUCUUAUGAAAAUGCCUGUAACUUCGUCUUUUCCUCUGAGAGUUCAUAUCCCCAUGAGAUCCCACUACCGGUAACUGUACAGUAUAAACGUGAUAUACGAGACAGUAUAGUUCAGACAGUUGGAAUCAUGGCAUCGACAAGUGGAACAUACAGGCCCAGCAAUCAUCAUGGUCUUAAGGAGGAUGGAACUCCCGAUAAGAGAAUGCAUAGCAGUGAUACGACAUAUAAGCCGAGCCAUCAUAAUGGCCUCAAGGAGGACGGCACUCCUGAUAAGAGAAUGAAUACAGGACAAUUUGCGCAUGGUAAAGUAGAUCCUCACCAGGCUGGCCAGGUCGGAGGUCACGCUGGUACUACCAGUACUGCUGCUGGCGGUGAUGUUUCCAGCAACAGUGGAAAGUACAAACCGGUCGAGCAUGGUGGCUUGAAGGCAGAUGGAGGCAAAGACAAGCGUGUCGGCACUCAUGAGUUUGCCCACGGAAAAGUUGACCCACACCAGGCAGGUCAUGAAGGUGGCUCCAAGUAGUUUAUAGCUCUGCCCAAACGUCUGUAUAUAGUUGAGGAUAAAUGCUAGAAAUUUAAACCGAUAGGAUUCCUCUCUCUUGG